UUCCCCAUCGCCCUCUCCUGUCUCUUCUUGACGCUAUACCAGUCUAUAUUUCACAGCAUUCAUCUCCUUCAUUCGGCAACAAUAACCUGAACUGAAGCUAGCGAUGCCCGUUCGUCUUAUCAAUACGUCAAGAGAGGUGAUCGAGUUCCCUACGGUGCAGGAGGCAUACGAGUUCGUGCUCACACUUGAUCCGCCAAUGGCCUUUAGGACAGACGCUCCCAAGCCGGUCUGCAUCCCCAUCGAUCCCGAGUCAAGUCCUGAUCAGCUCUCCGAGCGCACCUAUGCCAUCCUGCCUUUGACGGACGAGGAGAAGGUGGCGAUGAGGAACAAGCUGCACAAUAUGGUGGAUGAGAUGAAACAAGGCGGAGUCAUCCCCGGUCUGUCGGACGCAGACUCUGGGCUUAUCACUGCGCUUGCCCAGUCAGCCGAGGACACUGCCGGUGAUGGAUCGACAUCGACUGUGGACAAGUUAUAGGAACAAUAAACGGCUGCGACUUUCUGGAAGAUACCCACUUGAGUGACUGGGAAUGGUGUUGCUGUAGGACACAGCAGACGUACAUGUAAUCAAUGCUCACGCAUCCGUCUGCCUCUUUCGCUCCUUUGCUCCUUCGCUCCUCCGUUCCUCUCUUCCC